AGCACGGGAAAUAAAAUAAACAUAGACGAGGAGUGAAUGGGAGGCAAUGCGACUGACGUCUGGGAUGAAGAGAGAGGGAUGGAGGGAGGGUGAGAGGGUGGAGGUGGAGGGGUGGUGGUGAUGGUGGUGGUUAAGGGGGGUGAGGUGGUGGUGGUGGUGGAGUGGGGGGGUGGUGGAGGGGGGCCCUACUGCUGCAUAUCAAUGGGUGCCGUUCAAAUUCCCAGGGAUUAUUGGAGGGAAAAAAGGGGGGAAGAGAAAAAUGAUGCACGCUUUCCACGGAUCCGUGAUGACUGGGUGAGCCCACUCUAUUUUUAUUCUUCUUCUCUCUUUGCUUCUUAAUGUUGAAGUGAGUGAAACAACAACCUGCCGUUCCGUUCUGUUCUGUUCCGUGCUGUUUUCGUGCUUGCACAGACUGUGUGUGUGUGUGUGUGUGUGUGUGUGUUACCUUAUAGAGAGCCAUUGAGAAAUUUAUCCCCGAGUUUUGACUUGACGGUGAAGCGUGAGAGUGGCCGGUGUGUUUUUCCUCCUCCGGGGGAGAAAACACGAAUUAAAAACUCAAAGUGUCUUCGUGUUGACUUCGUGUUGAGUUGAUUGCAAGUCUUCAUCAUUAACCGCAGCGGCGGACGUGCUCCGUCUACAGCCCCGGUACACCGAGGCAUACAAAUUCUGCAUCCAUCCGUAUAUACGAACCGCUGAAACACAAUGUUCGCUGAGAAAACUGUUUAUUCUGAAAUUCUCGCUUUUAUAUUUGGAAUACGAGACAAAAUAAGCGGAUGGAGGCGACACUUGCAAGCAGUGCUGUGUAAUUGUAACGCCAAUCACUCAUGAGGUUACACUUUCGGACAUUAUUCGAACAUUAAAUGUGACUUUCAUUAAGAGGUGUAUGUGGAAAACAAAGCUGCUUCAUCCUAAUUCUCCCAAGGCUACUUUUCAUAGCCGGGUGAUGUGUGUCUGCGUGUAUGUGAGAGUGUGAAGUGUGUUCGUGUGUGUGUGUGUUUGUGUUUGUGUGGGUUGGGGGGGGGCAGUCGUGCGCGUGGAACCCAGAAGAAGUAACGUUACUUCUUUUAGCGUAGAAUAGCGAAGAUUUAACCAGAAGCACGCGCAGCAGACACGAGCACAUAUUGCCCACUCGGCAGGCUUUCAAAAGGCAACAAGUGCCAAUUCACGCAGGAUCAUUUCCACGCAUACUCAUGAUUGUGUCCGUUGUUUUUCAUUGUUUUUUUUUUUUUUUCAUUUUCCUCUAUUUUUCAUUUGCACUUUCCCCCCCCUUUUCAACAAUCUGCUCCCGUGCAGGGCGUUCACCACGCAGAGCUGAGGGGCUGCUUUCAGCACCACGGACAGCUCCCAGUGUAUUUCAGGACCACGGACAGCGCUCCCCCUCCAUCUAUCCAUCCAUCCAUCCAUCCACCGUUUAAAAGGCCGAUUAGCAGGUGCCACUCUCUUAACACUAGACUCAUCCUCCUUGACUGUUUAGGUGGACCUCCCUCAGAAACUUCUGGAAGAAUAUGGAGCUUUUUCUGGUUAGGGGCCUAAAGAAAAUGGCAUUAGUGGAGCCCUAAAUGACUCUGUUGUUCUUGAUUUCUCACAAUAAUACAUGAUAUUCCACAAUUUGCAACAAAGUGAGGCAAAUAUGGGCAACGUUCGGAGGAAGAUUAGUAGGGAAUGACACUUUUUUUCCCCCUCCACAUGUGACGCAUGUGGUGAGGUAAGUGUGGCAGAUGCCUACGUGUGCAGAUGGUCCAGUCUGCUGGUCCCUAUCCGCCCUGGGCUUGACGUAGCAGCCAUAUACAGGCAUAAAGGCCUCUCAUCACCCAGAUGUGGUCGUGUGCAAUGCAUGCCUCCUCUAAAGCUCCUUUUUUUAGAGCUCCUCUUUUAUGAACUUGUUCUUUACUGGAGCAUGAAAUUUCAUGAUGCAGGCCUGCGUGUUGAAUGGAUUUACACUUGUAGGUCUAGAGCUUGUGUUUGGUGCAUGAUUUUAAUCUCACUGUUUUUUUUCUAGAUUUCAAGAAUUCACCUGGAUUGUAGAUUCAGUUUUUCAGAUUCAUGAUUUAUAUUGAGAAAUAGCUGCGAAUAUUACUCACAAAACAUUUGUUGCUGAGGAGAUUGCUGCAAGUUGUGAUUACAUAUGUGGAAUUCCACACUUUCCUCUCUUUAAUAGCCUUCACUGCAAAAAAAUGAUGAACAAUUUUACAUUAAUUACUGAUCUAUUUCCUAAUACCUAGAAUUGUAAUAAUAUAAAUCUUACAGCUUGUCCUAAACUCAAAGUUUAACUGUGUUUCUUUUUCACUACAACAUCUAUUUCUUUAUGAACGCAAACAAUGCAAGAGGUAUGUGUCAAUUCUGGCAACGUAAAGACAAGAAAACAGUUUAAACCUUAAAGGAAACAUUCAAAGUGACAAAAUCCACACUUAAAAAAUAACAGCAACCAGAAAUAUAUGGCUUAAUCAUACCAUGUCUGUGUUCUUUCACAUGCUGUUGAACUUUGUUUCAUGUUUUUAGGAGAAAACUCAGUGUAUCUUCCUCUCAACCUCUCAAUCAGGCCUAGCUGAGGUGUUUCAUGUGAUUGGUCGUGCUUACUUUAACAGAUAUCCAAACGUUGGGUAAUUGCUAAGGGUUUUCAUGCUCUUGUCUGAUGUCUUAUGAAUCCUUUUAGAGCCUUUAUGUAGAUAUUAUCCCUGUUUGCAUAUUUCACAUCACAUACAGGAUCUAUUCUUGGGGUCCUGUUUUCAUUUAGUGUUCUGGCUUUGUCGUAUGUUUCUACUAUUAAAGUACUGACCAACCUACGUCUGCAAGCAUUGGUGUACGCAGGACAAAUAGUGAGUAUGGAGAGUAAAAGCAGGCAGAGCACACACUAUUGCUUUGAGUCCAACAACUAGUAAUCGGAUGUCUUCAUGCAAGUAUGGCCGACAAAGAUUUCUACUUAGGCAACAAAUCUGCGAGAGUUAGACAAGAUCCUCGGCAUUUAGAUUUUAAGAUUACCUGUAAAGCAUCAGAAAUGAUCAAUGGGAGCAACAAAAAAGGCAUUUCCAAAGAGAAUAGGAGUCCAAUCCACUGGUGUAAGCCAGAGUGAAGCGUCCAUGUGUCUACUAUGAAACUGAGAACUAGCAGUGCUUAAAACAGGUGAACGGGCAUUGUCCCAAGGUAUGUAAAAAAACAAAACACGACAGAGUCCAUAUUGCAGACAUAAUCACGGCAUGGAAAUGGACAUCUUGAUUGCAAGUUGUUGAUUACAUUGGCUGCAUUAACACUACCGAAGAGUUGGCAUCAGCAUCCAAAAGCCUAAGUAUUUUGUUGCAAAUGAUUAUCAGUGUGUCCAAAGAUUGUGUGAUCUCAGUGUGCUCUGCUGCUCAGGUUGAAGUUUCAUCGUAUUUGUCGGGUUUUUAAGAUUUCUCCUGUUGCUCGGGAUGCUGCAGUUUUCUGAUUGGAUGUUUGUACCAGAGGUUAAGCAUAACCAAACACAAGAAGAUUUUAGGCCCAAUUCGCUCUCCAACAAUCUAAGGGUGUGGCCUGAUUUGAGGCUUGUCAUAUUUGUCCAAAUACACUUCGAGCGUGUUGUGGCAAUACGACUAUUUUAUAGUUCUCAACCGAGCUGAAGCCAUCUAAACCUGGAAUUGUAGAUAUCAAACAUGUUGGAUAUUUAUGAUUCCAAGUUAAAUACCUGCACUUCCUACCCAGAGGAGCAGAUUGUAAAGUUACACCUAUCAGACAUUACAUAGUCAUCCUUAAUUCAUUGCUGUAAAGCUCAUUAGCCGCACCUAUACUGUCGUCUUUGUCAGAAUUUCACCCCAGUUCUCUCUCCUUUUUGUUUUUCACUGCACAACAGAUGAAAUAGUUUGUCCUCCAUGUUUGCUUGUCUUUGAUCAUGCAUGUUUUUGUGAGAUCUCAUGUCUGUGGAAUCACCACUGUGAAAUCAUAACCACAAACAUUGAGAGGAUCAUGUAGCCUUUAAGAUUUGUCCAUUUUAGUGUUUUAAACUGGUUGGAACUCUCCUUUUCUGUGUAGUCUCCAACAAUUUGAAAACGGUUCAGAUCUAAAACUAAAAGUUGGAGUUUAAUGUGUCAAAUGUUCCUGGUAAAGGGCAGAAGAAUCACACUCUUUUUCUGUUUAGUAAUUUUGAUUUGUAAGAAUGAUAUCCAGAGGAUUCAUUGCAGUAAUUGAGUAUCAAACAUUAUAGUUGUUGUCAUAAAUCUAUUUGAUAUGCAAUUCAGGUGGUUAGGCUGGCAGAGGCAUGUAUUUUUUUUAAAGUUAAAGAACUCUUUGUAGUCUUUCACAGCAUGAACUGACUGCAGUACUGCAGCUUCACUAUAAAAAUCCGUUCAGAUAUCUGGUUACAGGCACCCAUUGGGGUCCUAAUGUUGCUUUGGAGGAUCCUAAUCAGAGGAAAUUUGAUGUGUUGAGUCUUCUGAGUAUUUAAAAAACUUGAAAGUCUCACCUCAGUUAGAUUAUGCACAGUGUUGAGUUAGUUGAUGGUAAAAAUUUUAGGGCCAUGAGUGUUAAAUUAUUGGACUAACUUGCCAACAUAGAAAAAUAAUUUAUACCUCUCUAUGUGCAAAUGUGAAGGAAGAUCCAAGUAAAGAGGAGGAACGUGUCCUCUUGGCAAGUACCAAACUCACAUGGCAUCUUGUGAAAGGACAACGUAAACAGUAGAGUAAAUAGUAAAAUAAUUGCAUGCAGUGGGUUUUAAGCACAUUUUCUUUCGUUUCCAGUUUAAUGUAAAAGGUUGGGAUGAGAAUGAGGAAACUGGAACUUCAAGGAUUGAAUGCAAGAUAAUCUGAAAAUCGUCAACUGGCUGAUCUGAUCCUUUUUUAGGAUAAUAUUCACUUUUUCUCUCUCGGUUUUUAAGCGCUACAACUCAUUAGAUGUGCUUCUGACAGUGACAGGCAUUUGUUUUACCUCCAACCACUUCUGAUUUCUUUGUAUUAAGACCAAAUAUGAACUAUGAGUCUAUGUUUUUAAUUGAGGAAGGGCUAUCAAGAUUCAGGAUUGUCAAAGAUCACAAUAUUAAGCAAAAUGCAGCUUUAAUGCUGGAUGGGGAUCUCUUUCUGCCAGUUCUGCAUGAUCAAAUGUCCUCCUGGGAACCAAAUUUUCAUUAAGACCAAAACUAGAAAAAAAAUACAUUUGUGAUAUAAAGGGGCUUAAAUAUUUGACUAGAAUUCUAUACAAUAAGACCUUUUUACAAGCUUUAACAAAGUCUUUAUCACAACCUUAAUUGAGCCUAAAGUAAGCCUUUAUUGCUUCCUAAACUUAAUCUGAACAGUCUUUAUUACACCCUGAAUUAAACCUUACUGAAGCCUUAUCAAACACCUGUUUUGAAGCCUUAUUUACAUUUUUAACAAAGCCAUAAGUGAGCCUUUUUACACCCUAAUUAAACUUCUACUAAACAUAUUCCAGCUCCUACCAUUACCUUACUCGGCCUUCACUGCAACCUUGCAAAGCUUUAACUGAGAAUCUUUUACAUUCUCUACUUAACCUUAACUAACUUGUUACACUCUCUACAAAGCCUUUAUUACACCAUUCACUAAGCCUUAACCUUCGUGAAGCCUUAACUAAACCUUUACUCAGUCUAAUUUAGCCUUAACUAAGCAUUUAUAACACUCUUGGCCAUUUCUUAACCAAGCAUUCAUUAGAUUCUUCUCCAUCCACAAACUCAGCUUAAACUAAGUUCUUAUUAGACCAAAAACUGACCUGAACACAGCUUCAACUAUAUUCUUUACCUAACCUUAUUACCAAAGCCUUGAUAACACUGUUAAUGAAGUCAUUAUAAGACCCUUGACUAAGCCCUACCAACCCAUCACUGAGUCUACCUAAGCUUCGAUUUGGUUUCAGAUGCUAUGACAUCCCAACUAAGCCUUAACUUGGUUCUUUACACUCUUUACUUAACCCUUACCCAAGCCAUAACAAAGCCUUGAUUACAUAACAUGAUCAUUAUAUCCUUUACGAAGCCUUAAAUUCCCUUUAAAUUACCUUUAUUACACUCUUAACUAAGCCUGAACUAAGUCUUUACUAAGCCUUUCUACACCCAUGACUAAACCUUCACAAAACAUUUGUUACACCCUUCUAUUAGCCUUUUCUAAUCCUUCCUCUGACCCUCAACUACACCUAAACUAAACCUUUGUUACAAUCUUAACUGAGCAUUAAUUAUACCUUUGACUCAUCCUUAACUAAACCAUUGUAACACCCCUGACCAAGUCUAACUUAGCCUUUAUCAAACCUGUAUCUUUGCCUUAACCAACCCUUUACUAAGUUUUUCACACACCCUGCGCACACACACACUUCGCUUUUACUAAACCUUUACAACAUCCUCAUUAAUGCCUUAGCCAAACAUUUAUAAAAUCCUUUACUUUGCCUGAAUUACACCCUUUUAACCAUUCCUUUACCCCGCCCCUAACCAAGCCUUUACUAACCUAAACUAAGUGACUUUUAUUCUUUCCCAACUAACCACACUUCAUUUCAAAGUUAAAACAUUCUUUAACAAAGAUGAUUUUGGUUUUUGUCCACAAACUUUUGAGAGAAACUGCAUUCUUUGUCUUCGUUUUAUGAUCUUCAUUCUGAUAAAGUGCUGCUGUAGUGUCUGCUUCUGCUUUGUAAGUUGAACUUUUAAAAGUCUUCAAGCUGUUGCUCAUAUGUUGUUCACAUGGCCUUUUCAUCAGAAAACACAAGGAAUUUAUCAUCCCUUUUUCCAACAAGAACUCCUUCUGAUCCAAGUGUUGAGUCAUUUCGUCCCAGUGGGGCCAUUUUUCCUAUUCGAAUCUGAUUCAAAGUGGUUCUGUAAAUCAAAAUGUUUUAGCAAGAGAUUUCCGGGGAGGCAACAAGUUUCAGCUCUUAAUAUGUUACUUUUACCAAUAAGACUGUAGCAUAUUCUUCAGGACUAAAAGCAUUUUAUCCUACUGUCAUCUUCUGCCAUAAACAGCUAUAUAAAUCAGCUGUUGAUCUGACUAAUAGAUCAUAUUUCUCUAAUGUUAAAUUUAAAACUGAUCUUCUUCUUCUUCUUCUUCUUCUUCUUCUUCUUCUUCUUCUUCUUCUUCUUCUUCUUCUUCUUCUUCUUCUUCUUCUUCUUCUUCUUCUUCUUCUUCUCUACUUAGUUGAGGAAUGUCCUGAUGUCUCCUUUUUUCCCUUUCACAGAUGCUGAGAACAUCCCCCCACGAUGAUCAUGACGCACUUUUGUCCUUUGUGGGUCUUUUUGCGGUCUGGGCUUGCUGUUCCAAAGGCAGUAGCCAGGAAGCCCUUACCCCAAAAAGUAUCUGUACUGGAUCCUGGCAUCAGGACUAGACGUCUUGUUUGGUUCUCCCUCCUGAAUCAGUAAGUAUCUCUCAUCAAUACACUGUUUUUAGUGUUGAAUAUCUAUUAUUCUGCUAAAUGUUUGAUCACUGGACAGAAGUUUGCAGUGGUUCCUUACAUAGGAAGCAUUUAAGAGGUGUUAAUAGAAGAUGUGGUUGGAAAAAGUCUUAAUCAGAGCAUCAGAGACCUUCAGAAAAAUCCAAAGAAUGUGAAAUCAGCAAGAAAAAGACAGCAGCUUUACUAACCCUGAUGUGAAAGACAGACUUCAUAGGGUUAAGCUGAUGUGGAAAUAAGUUAUUGAAAAAUGUGUUCAAGUUUUUUUACUAAUCACUUAACUAAAGAGAAAAUCAAACUACCUUUGUGGGCUUUAAAAAAUGUCUCUUUUCAAUUUAAAGUGUACAAAAAAGCCAUCCAUAUGCUAUAUUUCCAAUAGCACAUAUUUGUCCAAACCUUUAAGUACAAAUCAGUGUAUUUUAAGCAUUCUGAGGCCAAAACAUCAUGUUUAAUUUACUGGUUUAUAAGUUUUUUAUGUUAUGUGAUGUUUUUUAUCCGCAUGGGUUUAGGAAACAUUCAAAUGCAUCUUCAAAUUUGUCUCUCUACCUGCAUCAGCUUGCGGAUUGUGUUGUACAGACUGAGUGAUUUUCCAACAUCCUAAUUUUAUAAAUGUUUGAUUGUGAAGAAUUGUUUCCCUGUUUGAUCAUUUUCACAUCAAACAUCACAGGAGGACAUUUCUCUCUAACUUCAAAUUUUUACUCAACAACACCAUUAAUUUAAUUAUUCUUUUUAUUUCAAAGUUAUAGACAGUAUGCCUUUACUUGACGUCUUUGUCGUAAACAGUGAUUUUGAGAAUAUAGUUAUCAAUAGGAUGUGACUAACCUUUAGAAAUGACAUAAAAAGGAUGUGGAGUGGACACUGGAGAAACAAACUGAAGGAAAAUGAGCAUGUAGCUCUGAGCCUUUGACGCACUGAGUGUUACAUAAACGUCAUUAUUUAUCCAAACCCCUGAGCCUUCACUAUGUGGUUUCUACGUCACAACCCCAGGCCCUGUAUAUGUGUGUGUGUGUGUGUGUGUGUGUGUGUGUGUGUGUGUGUGUGAGUGUGUGUGUGCUGACAAGGACACUUCACUUACACUAACCACAUGACUGCACAGCUUAGGAAAUGUCUGCCUACGUGUGUGUGUGUGUGUGUGUGUGUGUGUGUGUGUGUGUGUGUGUGUGUGUGUGUGUGUGUGUGUGUGUGUGUGUGUACUGUACGCAUUACAGUGGGCCAACGCAAACAAAUGUGUUUGAUAUGAUAUUAUGCAGAUGCUUGGCUUGGCUCCGCUCAUAUCCUUUUACUCUGAUACUUCUCUUCGCAGCAGUGUUAUGACUUAUUAAACAAAUAUGAAAUAAAGUUUAUAUAACACAUUUUAGAGUCUUGUCUGUGUUUUAUGUGAAUAUUAACUUUAUUUUAUGCAGUUCUUGGAGUGUGUAUGUGUGUGUGCAGUCGUAAGUGUAUUUAUUAACUUAAGAAUAUCACUGGAUGUUACUUUACACCAAAACAGGCAUUAAAACGUAUCAGUAACACUGUAUAUUUAACUCCUUGUAAUAAGUGUUAAUAAAUAGCUAAUAAGCCACUUAAAAUACCUCGUAAAGUGCUUAAAAUAUGUGAAUAAAUGUCAAUAAAAGUAUGUUAAACUUAUUGCAAAAACUAAAUGCUUAUCAACGUUAAUAAAGCAGUGAGCUUCUAUUAGUUUCAUGGUUAACAUUUGUUAUAUAUUGAAUAUUAUAACAUUAAUAUUUUGAAUUUCCCUCUGUGAUUAAUAAAGUAUUUAUCUAUCAUUUAUUAUUGCUUAUAAACUUCUCUUUAAGCACUCACUGAAUGUUUUUUUUAUUAAAAAGAUCAUUUAUUAAAUUUGAUGAGAUGUAUUUUGACAUGAACAAGACUAUAAAAUGUUAAGAUUAGUAAUAAAUCAUUUAUCAUGUACUUAUUAACAGCUAGUACGAAAUCACAAUGAGGCAUCCUUUGUGGAAAUAAAUCAUCAUCAUGUAAGUUAGAGCCUGUCUGCUUGAGGUGACAAAUAACUACACAAUACAUGUGUUAAGUCUGCUUUUAUUAAUACUAUUUAAAACUCAUUAAUGUUCAUAAGCAUCUUUUAAGGUCUUAGUUGUGGCUUAUUAACAAUUAAUUGAAGCGUAUAACAAGAACCUUAGUUUAAAGUAUUACCAGUUUAUCUAACUCUCUAAAUAUCUUUUCAAGAAUUGCUUUGCAUGUAUUUAUUGGGAAGACUGAGGAAUGAAUCCUCUUUAAAAUAAAGUACCACUGUCUUCGUGUUUUACAGUCCAACAUUAGAGCCAACUAAUCCCAGGCUAAAUCAGAGUAAUACAAGUGAAACAUUUUCCGGUACACCGGGCCUUUGCAUUCAUUAAUUGACCUCACAAAUCUCAGCCUGACCUUCCGACUGGAGCUUUAGAGAUUCCCGGUGAAGUCACAGCAGCGGCCCACAGUUUGUGUGUCACACACAGCCGGGGGAAAUGGGGCAGAGCUUCAUCCAUGUCAUCAGAGAGGGACGAGGGGAUGGUGGGUGCACAUUAGCUCCUCUCUCACUGGAAGGGAAGUAAAUUACAUUUGUAACCACGGGCAAGGGACAACAAAAAGGAUCUUUUUGGAGUUUUAUAUAACUUUAACAUUUUUCCAUUAGAUGUCUGUGGCUUUAGGCGAUCUAAUAUAGUAAUAAGAGAAAACUAAAUCUCAGUGACACUUUUGGUUUUAAAUUUGGGCUUCCCUUCCCUGUUCAGAAGCCUAUCAACCAAAAGACAAAAUUGGCUAAAGAAAUUAAUAGAAGUGAAAAGAUUAAAUUUAAAGCUGCAUGAUACUAUGUUGCAGUGUUUUCAUUAUUGCAAUGGAUUAAAAAACAGCUAAUUAAACCAUAUGGUUGUUUUUAUGUACACAUAUAUUAUUAAAUUAAACAAACACGUCAUAUAAUUUGUGGUCUUAGGCCUUUUUUCCUCCAACAAAAGUAAACUACCCUUUUAUUUUUUGCACACCUGAUUCAACCUUCUAUCUGCAAAUCUGACCUCUGGCCUGCAUGACAUCCAAAAUGGCGUUUUUCUCAUCACUAAAUUCUCUGCUGUUAAUCUGGGGUCAGCUGACUACACCAAAUAAGGCACGGCCAUGAUACAGAGGCCUCCAUCAUGAUCUCAGUUUGAAAGGACUAGUUGUAUACUUGACAUAACUCCCAGAUUUUUUGCGAAGAAUCAAGAUUUUUAUGAUUGCAAAUGUUGUGUCUGGUAAAUUUGCAGGUUAUUGUGCAGCGCUGGUUGUUAUAAAUGAAUCAACUUUUAACUUAAAACCUCAGUAAAGUACAGAUUUGAAGCUCUGCUGUUGCUCAAAAAUAUGACCUUAGAUUUAUGAAUUCUCGUUUGCUCUUAAAAGGCUCUGAACAGGAAAGAAAGACUGUAACACAGUGUUGUGACAAGGCUCCACUCACCCUGGCAGACUGCUCCUCGGUUAAAUUUCUGGGUGAGUGCAGCUCUCCAGAGGACACUUUGGGAACUGCAACCAAAGACAAUAACAGUUCAGCUCCAUCGUCAAGACAAACAUGAGGAGGUACACAAGAAAAAUACAGAUUACAACCCAGCUGGAGACAGAACAGAUCUCCAGCUGAUGUUCUUAAUCAAAUGGGGAAACUAUCGGGUAGUCACCUCCCCUUGACGUAUUUACACAGUUACAGUAAAAAAUGCUACCCCCUUUGGCGUAACAAAAUAUGCUGUCAGAGGACAUGCCUGCUUCUUUUGGCUUUAACAGAUCUGGUCUGUGUUUUGAUUUUCAGGCUCUAUGUUUUUGCCAAGACAUGUCAAGCAUUUUACUUCAUCCCAUCAAGAUGAUUGGAUUUAAUUGCCAGAAGCCAACUCAUGAAGCAGAUUUGAUGUUACUUGAGUGGAUUCAGCAAAAAAAAUAAAUCUCUUUCCAGUCAGUCAGUCAGGCUGCUGGCAGGACUGGCUACAAUUAUGUGUUUUUUUAACGCAGGUUACUGGAGAAAAUGGAAAAUGAGGAAUUAAACAUGUCAAACUUUCUGGUAGUGUUUUUCAGAGAAACCACGUGUUUUGAUGAAAUAAUUUUUUUUUUAAUCACGUUUAGUCAUUUAUCAUCAGCCACUUUACUGUACAAACAAUAAUUCAAUCAAAUACAAGACAGCUGCACAUCAUCACUAAUGCAAAGCUCAAAGGGAAAACUCUGACUGAGUUUAUCCUCUACAGAGUUACUUAAACACAGAGAUGGACAGAUGAUACCAAAGCUACGAUCUUUAAUUUCUUAUAUAGACUAAAACUAUGAAUACACAGUGGUGUAUAGUGCUGCAGACCAUUAUUAAGAGGACUGCCUUUAGUGUUACAAGCCACCAGAUGUCACUGUGCCUGCCAAGUUUGAAGCUAUUAUUUGAGAAGCCACACAGCUUCAUAAGGCUUUAUCUGCUCAUCAAUAAUUAAACACAAUAUUAUUCUUUAUAGUCUGUAAAAAAUUUUUCUCUACUUUGGAUCUCUGAUUUUAAAAACUGUUUUUUUUUUUGUUUGUUUUUUUUUGGGGGGGGGGAGCAGAAAAGGAGAAAUACAUUUAUAUAGGGUGUUAAUGUCAGCAUGCCAGUAGCACUGCUAAGGUUCUGAUAUGUAGCAAGUAGUUUUAUUAGGUUAAUAGUCUAGCCUUUGUGUAUUCUUCCUUUGCUAAUUGGAGCUAAAAUUAAAGAAUACUAGCAUGGAAAUAAUUGGGUUUUUGCAAGUUCUUAGUCAGAGGCAAUUUAUAAAUAAAUGUAUAAAAUAAAAGUAAAUAAGUCAGCAACUCAGACUCAGGAAAAUAAAAGUUUGCUCUCAGUCAAAAAGUAAGCUACUCAAUGCAUCCAGACAGGAAGUCAGUGCGAGAAGGUUAAGAGUCAAAAAUGUUGACAUCAAAAUGCUAGUGACAGUUUUAAACUUCAUGUUCAACAAGUAAAUCAACAAGGUUUGAAAUUCCAGUUAAGCUUAACUAAAUGGUCAGCUGUUAAGAAAUGCCUUUAGCAAAGCAGGUAUGUGGUCAUUCACCUAUUGGCUGUAUUAAAAAAGUUUAAGUCUUCACAACUUAGGCAGAAAAGUAAUCUUGAGAUAGGCCAGCUUAGCUAAUAAAAUGAGCAAAAUACAUGGUCAGAAAUAAAGCUAAAAGAUGCUACAUUCCCAAAAUGCUGGUAUCAUAAUGCUACAACUGUAGCUUUAACAGUCAGCAAGUGAUUAUCAAGUCAUUACCAGGCUCUUUUCUUUGUCUAGCCUGUUAGCAUGCUAUCUUUGUCACUACAAACACAGAACAUUUGAAGUUUUGCUUUAAAUAAUUAGGUCCAAACAAGAUUAUUAUCAUUCAAGCCAAAAAAAAGUGCAAGAAAAACUUAAACAGCUGUCAGUGUGUUUUAAUCACUACAGGCUUGUUAGAUUUGUUAUAUACUGGUUAAGAUAAAAUUGUCCAAAACACAAUAAAAUAAAGUGGAGUAAAAAAAAGAUAUCUAUGAUAAACAUUGUGGAGAUCAAACCUCCAGAUGUUUUUUGCUUGAAACAAAUUUGGGUGAUAAAUUAUCCUAAACUGAAUCUGUCUGUCUGAAUCCGUCUGUAAUGUCUGAUCCGUUGGAGGUUUUACGUACAUUGUCCAAUCAUCCUCAUUGCUUAGUCAUGAGGACUAAACCCCAACUAUUUCCUGUGCAGACGAGUCAUCGCCUACAUUAUUCGUUCCCUUGAACAGUGGCCCACAGAAGACUGUUUACAACCAGACUGGGGGGGUCAGAUGGUGCCAAAAGAAAGUGGGGGAAGGGGGUCAAACUGAGUUGGCCUGUUGGGAAGGCUGCUUUUUACUGGAAAUGACCAAAGCCGCCAUUCCAAUAAGUUCUCCUCCCCCUUUUUGUCUCUCUGUAGCCUACCAGAGAUAAAGUAGUCCCAUUUGCCCUGUCGUUCACAAAAGUGUAUAAAAACAAUGGAUGAUUUGAUAACCAGAACUACCAUACAUGAUUAUCACACUCCCGAAGAAACAAUCGGGAUUAAUCAUUAGGAAUCUUAAACUCACUAAUUACUGAAGAGUCUAAGCUAGAGCUGAGCUGAAUUGAGAGAUUGUGGAUAUUAUUGUUAUUAUUAUUAUUAUUAUCAUUAUUAUUAUUAUUAUUAUCAUUAUUUGUUAAGAACUAUUUGCUAUAUGAGUACCCAAGUAAGUACCCAAGUUAGCUGCCAAGCUAACAAAGAGUAAACUAGACUGCACAUUCAGGUCAAGUGCAAAGCUAACCAUAUGUUAGCUAGUCUGCGUUUUAAGUUGGUUUACAUGCCGACAAAAGGUUAGAUAAAAUAUUAUAAGAUUUGCUUUUUACCUGUAGAACAGGUAAACAAAGCUAAAAACAUGCUAGCUAGACAAAGCUAUGUAGUAGUUAAGGGUAUAGAGUAGGUCAGAUUAGGUGUCAAGCUAUAUGUGUUAGCGAGCAAUACCAUGUGUUUCCAAAUUAGAAAACUUGCUGACAACAUGUCAAUUGAAUGCUUCAGAUUGGAAAUAGAGGUUAUAACAUGUUAGGUAGACCACAAGUAUUUAGGCUGGGUAUCUAGGACAAAAUCUGUGAGCAAUAUUAGGAAUAUUAAGAUUAAGGAAAGAACUAACAACAUAUUAGCUAUACUGUAUUAAAGUGAGAACAGCAAAAAUACUGUGAGCUAUUGCUAGGUUGAAAAUCAUAAAAGGCCUCAAUCUUAAGUCAAAAAAGUAAAAUUUCACUGCUUAACACCCAUUAAAGAAAAGGGACACUUGACUUGAGCUAAUUGCUAAAGUAAUGUACUCUCUUGGUCACUAUGUGAUGAGGCUGCUGUUCUCACUCGUUGAAAGAACUAAUAGAGAACCCCGUAAAGGAACAUUUCUGCAGUGUGCAUUACUCUGUCCUACACAUACGGUCAACCCAGAGCCUAAACAUGCUAAAGCCUCAGGCACUUGAAAAACACACCACCGUUUAAGAUCUGCUUGUUUGCCAUAAUUAUAUUACUUGGUUGUACUCUGUCUUUGACAAAAAAUGGUUCAAAGGGGCACAAAUACAGAAAAAGGAGCUCCUUAUUUCAUGCGUAUAUAUUAAAAAAACUGCUGGAAAAGACACACAUAAAGAAAAUCCAUAGAUAUUUUAAGACAGAAGCCAAAUUACAACUCAGUUCUUCUUUUCUCAAUCAUAUCAUAUGACAUUAUACGUGGCACAAACCACAUUCUUGUAUGUAAUUUCAAUCAUGAUUCAAGUGAAAUUCAUUUUUUCUAAAGAUUUUUUCCCUCUUUUUAUACAUUCAUGCAUUCAUGAUUAUAGAGCACAUUGAUAUUAGAACAUUUGCACCACGAGGCCUUUUCAAGUUAAAAUUCAAACAAAUUUUUCCAUUCCAGUUUAUCUCACUAAAUGAAGAGUGAAAUUAUGAAAACUUGGAGCUCUUUGCUAAGCUGACCUUUACAGGCCAUGCUCGGAUUUAAAUAGAGGAGGAGGGAGAUAGGGAAUGGACCCUGCACAUCAAGAGUUGGCUAUUUAAACUGGGGGAAACCUACGAGACGCAUGGCAUCUCUCUGUCAUUUAGUGUUACAGGAUCACAGUCUUAAGCCAAAAAAAAUCAGGUAAAAAUAAAAGGAUAUAACAGAGUAAAGAGGAAGAUGUAAUUCUGAAGAUGUAAUAUUAGAAUAUUAUCUGUUUUUUAAUAAUUGAAGAAAAUUAGUAAAAUUUUAAAUGCAAAAUGCAUGUGUUUAUGCAACUGAAUAGGAAAACUUUAUUUUAAAAGCUAUGGAGCAUAAUCGUGAAAUUUGUAAUUUCAUCCAGUUUUUAUGCUUAUUUUUUGUUUUUAGGAUGCACUUUCUUCAAGCCUUUCUCUUUGUCGCAAUUGCCGUGGUUCCCGGGUGUUCAAGCCUUCCCAGAAAAGAAGAAUCAGUCACAAAUACAGUGAACAGUUUAAUUGAUAUAGCUCAGAUAACCCUGAUGCAUAUUAAAAAACUAAGGACAGAGGUAUGACAAAAAAAUCAGUGUUUUCAGAAAAAUGUAGGUUUUCUUUUCAGGCUUAUUUUGAAACCGGCAAAUUUUAUCAUGUACCUGCCUGGACACAAGUUUUAUUAUAAGCAAAAAAAGGAAAUAUAUUCAUGUCAAACUAACAUGAAGGCAUACAUUCUGAUUUAGUUGUAACUGGAAAUAUACUGAUACACACUUACUUGUUUUUCUUGUCCUUAGUUGCCGCCGGGUCCACGGAUAGAAGCUCUCAGCCCCCCCUCCAUUCAGGGACUAACCAGCAUCAGUCAUGACCUGGGACUCCUAUCUAAUGAGCUGCAGAACCCCUUCACAGAGCUGUUCAGUCAGAUCCAGGCUGAUGUCUCCAGUUUGGAGGGACUGGUGCGACACCUCGCUCAAACAAUGGACUGUCCCAUCCAGACCAGACCCCAAGGACACGCUGGAGACAUGCUGUUCCCCGACACCCAGGUCUACUUGCUUCUGAUGAAGGUGCAGCUCUACCUGGACACAUUUCUUCACCAAAAGGAAAAACUCAAGGUCUGCUGAAGAAUUAGAUCAUACUUUGAUCACACAUAUGCCAAAUACUGCCAGAGUAUCCAGACAAAAUACUGAUACUUAUUUGCACAAAAGCUGAAUGUACUCAACGGUGUAGCUUGUUUUUGCACUAUUUUACAUUUUAUUUACAGGACUUGCAUGAAAGAAAACGCACAAAAUCAUGAACUAAAGCUGCAAUGCACUAUUUUUGGUGCUUCAAACUUUUACAUAAAUUGCAAGUGAUAUUUGUAGUUUGUUUUGACAGACACUUUUGCUGAAGUUCUAAAGCUAUUUGAAAUGAAGCUAUAAUUAUUAUCAAAGUUUGAAUUUUAUAUUAAAAGAAUGACACUGAAGAGUUGAGAAAGCUUUCUUGUUUGGUUUACAAUUUAAAACAUGUUUUUGAUGUUGCACUAAUGGUGUUCGAUCAUGUGGUACUGGAAAGUUUUUAAUCCAUGAAAGAGUGAAGUUGCUUGAUCGAUCGAAGUAUUUUAUGAAACAGCAACAGUACUUGCAAAAAUUAUGUUUGAUUGUUAUGGUGGAAGCUAAUGUGUUUGUUUGCAUUAAAGUUUUAAAGUAAUAUUUGUUGGUUGUGCAAUUUCUAAAAGGUAACUAAUUGACAACUUUAAAUUAGACUUUAAAGGCCUAUUUAUACAAUAAACCAACUACAUUUGUG